AUGCACUCUGGGGACUUGGCGGGGCAGAGCAAUCAGCGGUGCUGGGCGCUGGAAAGAGUGGCGCUCGCGCAUACGAAAGCUGGAGCGGGGCCCGCAGCUGAGAUAGCCAGUGAUCCUGACAAGCGCCCUCUGGAGGAGUAUCAGCUCCCAAAGCGUCAGGCCCUCGACAUGCGCACCGUCCCCUCCACCAAAGUCUGCACCGUCUGCGAAAUCGAGCUCCCCGCCGCCGACUUUGCCUGGCGCACGGCCUCCCCCGACGGCCUCGAGUUCCGCUGCCGCGCCUGCUACGCCGUGCAGAGCUACGCGGCGCGCGGGCGCAUAUUCCCAGGCCUCCGAGUCUCCGAGAAGCGGUGCGUCAAGUGCGGUCAAGUGCGGCCCGGGACGUUCUUCGCGGCGGCGCGCGCGACCUCCGACGGGCUGCAGCCGCGCUGCCGCACGUGCGCGGCGAAGAACAGCGCGAGACGGCUGGCGCGGCUCGCGGGCGAACGGGCGGAGAGCGCGCGGUUCGAAGCCCCGCCCGCGACGACGAUCUGCUCGAAGUGCGCCCAAGAGCUGCCCACCGAGGUGUUUCAUCGGGACAUCUACUCGUCCACUGGGCGCGCGCCGACAUGCCCCGCGUGCAACUAUGUUCGAGUGACCGAGCGGCGGAAAGCGGUCGGGCGGCCAUCCGAACCGCUCGUUGCGGAGAAGCGGUGCUCGGCGUGCCGCGACGUGAAACCCGCGGACGAGUUUUACUUCCACGCCUACUCGACGGAUGGGCUGACGUACCAGUGCAGAGAGUGCUGGCAGGCACAAAAGAGACGGAAUAAGGAGCGUACGCUAGCGAGCCAGGGAGCAGAGGGAACGGACAAUGAGCCGGGGGCUGGAGGAGCAUUGGAAGGCACAUCGCAGAGCAUGUAGAUGUACGAUCCUAUGCUUGUGUCCCGAUUAAGAGCGAUAGAUGAAAGUCCGUGAUUGGGUUAUCGAAUCCGAGGUAAAUCAGGGACGCACGCCCUUGACAAAUGCCUAAUUAUGUGUUACCGAUCAAAGAGGCUGCCAAUUCCUUUUGUUUGUGGUCAGAUCGCUGGUAAGCUAGCUCUAGACGUAAUCGAACGUGUGGCACGUGGUAAUGAUGAGAGUGGCGGCCGCCCCCCUAAAGAUUAACAUGCAGAGAAGCCCUUCAAUGACUCCACAAUUAGUCAGUGAGCCUCCACAAGCCGAGUCCUGCAGUGAUAGCACUCUGUUUUUGCUUUAAGUAGCUGAGCUGCCAACUUGACAGAGUGUAACUCAAUGAAGUCCGUUG